GGUUCUUUUCUGCUAUUUAAAAUCCCUUAUUCUCUCCUCACUCAAUCAAGAUUAAAACAAGAAAAGCUUUCGUUGCGUUAUUCUUCUUCGCGCUCUGCAAUACGUUCUCGAUUGGUUUCUAUGGCGGAUGUUCAGAUGGGUGAAGCCGAGACCUUCGCAUUCCAAGCCGAGAUAAACCAACUACUCAGCCUCAUCAUCAACACCUUCUACAGCAACAAGGAAAUUUUCCUUCGCGAACUCGUCAGCAAUGCCUCCGAUGUGAGUCCUUGUUCUUCGGAUUGUGAAUUUUGUUAUCUGAUUUGUAUGUUUACACAGGCUUUGGAUAAAAUUCGAUUUGAGAGUCUCACGGACAAGAGCAAGUUGGAUGCUCAGCCAGAGCUUUUCAUUAGAUUGGUGCCUGAUAAGGCCAACAAGACACUCUCCAUCAUUGACAGUGGUAUUGGCAUGACCAAAGCAGAUUUGGUGAACAAUUUGGGUACCAUUGCGAGGUCUGGUACCAAGGAAUUCAUGGAGGCCUUGCAGGCUGGGGCUGAUGUCAGCAUGAUUGGUCAAUUUGGCGUUGGUUUCUACUCUUCCUACCUCGUUGCUGAGAAGGUCAUUGUGACCACCAAGCACAACGACGAUGAACAGUACAUCUGGGAAUCACAGGCUGGUGGGUCAUUCACUGUAACCAGGGAUGUCAAUGGUGAACAACUCGGAAGGGGAACUAAGAUUACCUUGUUCCUAAAGGAGGAUCAGUUGGAAUACUUGGAGGAGAGGAGGAUUAAGGAUCUUGUGAAGAAACACUCUGAAUUCAUUAGCUAUCCUAUCUACCUAUGGACUGAGAAGACAACUGAGAAAGAGAUUAGUGACGAUGAAGAUGAUGAGCCCAAGAAGGAGGAGGAGGAAGGAGACGUUGAGGAAGUUGAUGAAGAGAAGGAGAAAGAUUCUAAGAAGAAGAAGAAGAUUAAGGAGGUUUCUCACGAGUGGCAACUCAUCAACAAGCAGAAACCUAUCUGGCUGCGAAAGCCAGAGGAGAUUACCAAGGAGGAAUAUGCUUCCUUCUACAAGAGUCUCACCAAUGACUGGGAAGACCACUUGGCUGUCAAGCAUUUCUCGGUGGAGGGUCAGCUUGAGUUCAAGGCUAUUCUCUUUGUCCCUAAAAGGGCACCUUUUGAUCUAUUUGACACCAGGAAGAAGCCGAACAAUAUCAAGCUGUACGUGAGGAGGGUGUUCAUCAUGGACAACUGCGAGGAGCUCAUCCCUGAGUACCUUGGAUUUGUCAAGGGUGUGGUUGACUCUGAUGACUUGCCACUCAACAUCUCUCGUGAGAUGCUGCAACAGAACAAGAUCUUGAAGGUGAUCAGGAAGAACCUUGUGAAGAAGUGCAUUGAGAUGUUCAAUGAGAUUGCGGAGAACAAGGAAGAUUACAACAAAUUCUAUGAUGCUUUCUCGAAGAACUUGAAGCUGGGUAUCCAUGAGGAUAGCCAGAACAGAGCCAAAUUGGCUGAUUUGCUCAGGUACCACUCUACAAAGAGUGGAGAUGAGAUGACGAGCCUGAAGGACUAUGUUACCAGAAUGAAGGAGGGCCAGAAGGAUAUUUACUACAUCACUGGAGAGAGUAAGAAGGCAGUGGAGAACUCUCCAUUCUUGGAGAGACUCAAGAAGAAGGGCUAUGAGGUGCUCUUCAUGGUGGACGCUAUUGAUGAGUAUGCUGUUGGCCAACUGAAAGAGUAUGACGGGAAGAAAUUGGUAUCAGCAACUAAGGAAGGUUUGAAGUUGGAUGAUGAUAGCGAGGAAGAGAAAAGGAAAAAAGAAGAGAAGAAAAAGUCUUUUGAGGACCUCUGCAAGACAAUUAAGGACAUCUUGGGAGACAAAGUUGAGAAGGUAGUUGUCUCUGACAGAAUCGUUGAUUCGCCAUGCUGUUUGGUGACUGGGGAAUAUGGGUGGAGUGCCAACAUGGAAAGAAUCAUGAAGGCUCAGGCCUUGAGAGAUAGCAGCAUGAGUGGCUACAUGUCCAGCAAGAAGACCAUGGAGAUCAACCCAGACAAUGGUAUUAUGGAGGAGCUAAGGAAGAGGGCUGAAGCUGACAAGAGUGAUAAAUCCGUGAAGGACCUUGUGUUGCUUCUCUUUGAGACUGCACUCUUGACUUCUGGGUUCAGUCUUGAUGAUCCUAACACAUUUGCUGCUAGAAUUCAUCGGAUGUUGAAGCUCGGUCUCAGCAUUGAUGAGGAAGAGACUGGUGGAGAUGAAGAUAUGCCUCCAUUGGAGGAAGAUGGCGCCGAGGAGAGCAAGAUGGAGGAGGUUGACUAAGUGCGAAAAUGUCUGAGAAAUAUGUUUAUGGUGUCUGGUAGUCUGUUUACUGGUGGUGGAUGAGUCCAUGAGUCUAUCGUAGUUUAUUUUUCUAUUUUCUUGUUUUUGGUCCUUGGUUUUGUAGUUUUAUGAUGUCAGAAUUUGUGUAGUUGCGCGUCUGACAAAUCUGUGUUUCUGGCAUAAACAUCAAGGAAGCGAAUUCUGUGUAGUCUCCCAAAUUCCCUUUCUUUUCAA